AGUAAAUAUUUUCAAAAGAGGAUCGUGUGUUUGAGGAUAAGUUUAAUAUAUCUAAUUAGUAGAGUAGCGCCAAAAUCCUUGGCGCUUUAGCAUUUUUAUCGAUUCUGUGAUAGAUUUAGAGAAAAAAAAACGGUAUUCGUUGGGAAAAAAGCAAGGAACAUGGUAUAUCGUGCGGUGGUUUUGGGUAUUUGUGCGUUUGCCAGUGCCGUUUGGGCUCAGGACUGUCGGUUUUACGGGCAAACCUGCUCGGACGAUUACGAUUGCUGCGGGGGUUGCUGUUUUAAGGGAUCCUGUACAGACACUUAUCUGGAUUGUAGAUUAAACUCAUUAAAUGACCCAUGCCAAGACCGGUACUGCCCAGAAGACCAAGUCUGUGUCACGUACCAACCAAGAGGCUGUAAAGGUUGCGGGUAUUUAAUCGACUGUCGUUCUAUACCGGUACCACCAGAAUUAAAGAAGAAUCGUACUCUGACUCACCAUCAUAGAUUUAGUUCAGCUCACUCAACUCAUGCUCAUUUCAAUCAUAUUUUUCUUUAUAUCACUGUAGUUAUUUAUUUUUAUUUAAUUUAAAUAUAUUUAAAAUUUUGAUGUGAUUUAUUGUUAUAUUACUAUUAUUUAUAUGUAUAUAUUUAUUUAUAUAAUAUUGAUACACAGUGUGUUGGACACCCUGUAUAUAGGGUCCUGCAACAGUGCGUUAGUCGUUGGUCACCCUGUAACUCUUAUAAUAAAAAGUUUGGGAAUUUUGUUUAAGUGUAAACUUUAAACGAAAUACUUUAAAUGCAACAAAUAUACCUAUAUAUUUAUUUUUUAAUUCUGCAUUUGACAAUA